UCACUUCCCAUUGAUAAGGACCGGCAUUUACAGCUUUCCAUCACACAUUCACACCCCACCUGUGAACAGUGAGAGAGUAGUAGUGGUCGUUGAUGGGGUUGAACCAGGCGACAGCGGUGAAGGCGGGGCUUGUGCUGCUAGGGUUGUGCGUGUUUGGCUACAUAUUGGGGCCUCCUCUCUACUGGCAAUUCAGGGAAGGCUUGGCCGCUGUCAGUCGCUCUUCUUCCUCUUGCCCCGUUUGUGUAUGUGAUUGCUCUUCUCAGCCCCUUCUCACAAUCCCUGACGGGCUGAGCAAUGUCUCCUUUGCAGAUUGUGCGAAGCAUGACCCAGAUGUGAAUGAAGACAGUGAGAAGAAUUUUGCUGAGCUGUUGACUGAGGAGCUGAAGCUACGUGAAGUUGAAGCUCUCCAAAGUCAGCAACGUGCUGAUGUGGCUCUGUUAGAGGCUAAAAAGAUGGCAUCCCAAUAUCAAAAGGAAGCAGACAAGUGCAGUUCAGGUAUGCAAACUUGUGAAGAAGCAAGGGAGAAAGCUGAAGCAGCAUUAGUAGCUCAGAAAAAAUUGACAGCGCUAUGGGAACAAAGGGCGCGUCAGAAAGGAUGGAGAGAAGGUGCCGCCAAAUGACACGUUAAUUCUCAGGGAAAGGUCCAGGCUGCAUAGAAAACCUCCCCAGACCAGGUUUAGUUCAUGUCUACUGAUUUUACUUCAUGCUGGUGCUGAUGAAAUUUGUGAGCUAUGACAGCUAACGUGCAUGAUUCGCAUAUAUCAGAGUAAAGAAAUUCCUUGGCAGUCUUAUUUAUGUAUGUUAUGUUUCAUGGUGAAUGUAGUAUUCAUUUCUAGGGAGCCAUUGGAACUUUAAAGGAGCCAAGCUGUGCAAAAAGGUUCCCGUUUUCUCUUCUUCUCCCCAUUUGUAUUCUAAAAGUAGAGAAUGACACUUGUUUUGACGAAAAGGACUUGAUAUUAUUCCUUGCUUGCAA